AUGACCUUGUUUCUGUUCUUUUUCUUUUUCUAUAUUUUUUUUCUUUUUUUUCUUUUCCUUAUUCGUUUUUUUUUUUUUUUGUUAUUGUUCAUAUUUCUUUAUCUUCGUUUCUUUUUUUUCUAUUUGCUUUUGGUAUUUUUCUUGUUAGCAUUAUUCCUUUCUACAUUUUCUUCUGUCGUUUUUUUUCUUUUCUCCUUUAUUGUUCUUCCUUCUUGCCCUUUUUCUUCUUCGUUUAAUCUUCCUCUUUUUAUUAGAUCGCAACUUUUUUUUCUUCAUUUCUUUUUCGCUUUUUAUCAUAUAAUCCCCCUUAUUCCGAUAGUAUCACGUGUUCUUUUUUCUUCUUCUUUUCCUUCCGGUUGUCUUAUUUUUCAACUCAUUCUUUUUAUUAUUCUUUUUCGUCCGUUGUCUUUCUUUCAUUUUCCUUCUCUUAUCUAUAGCUUCUCCUUAUUUUCCUUUAUUUUUCUUUUAUUUCUUUUUCUUGUUGUUACUUCAUUCAAUAAUUUUUCCUUUUCCUUUUUUUCCACUGAGGAAUUAUCUUGCUACCCUAUUUUAAUUUCUCCUUUUUUGUUUCGUCGUCGACAUUUAAUCUUUUUGAUGUUUUCCUUGUUUUUUCCUUUCUUUUCUUCCUUCCUUCCUUCCUUUAUUUCGUUCUUUCUUUCUUUCUUUUUAUCUUUUCCUCCUGAGCCUUUUCCAAUGUAUUUUCUUCUACUUUCUUUCUUUUUUCCUUAUGAUGCAAAUUUUCUUCUUCUUCUUCUUCUUCUUCUUCUUCUUCUUCUUCUUCUUCUCCUCCUUCUUCUUCUUCUUCUUCUUCUUCUUCUUCUUCUUCUUCUUCCAGACCCAUUCAAAAUUUCCUCCUUUUUUACUUUUCUUUCUUUGUUUUAUCCUCGCAAUCUCAUUCAAUUUUCUCUCCAAUUCUUUUUUCUACUUCUUCUCCUUCUCCUUCUUCUUCUUCUUCUUCUUCUUAUUAUUAUUAUUAUUAUUCCGGUUUCCUUCCUGCUAUCCGACAUUUCCUUCUUAUUCUUCAUUUCCCUUUUCCUUCAAAGCCACUCCAUUUUCAUUCUGCCAUCUUUCAUUUGCAUUCAUCGAAAUAACAAAUAUCCUCUUGGCUUAUCUCUGCUGCUUGUUUUAUGGCAACUACAACAUCCUAAUAAAAAUUCCUUUUUUCCAAAACAAUCGAACAUAUUCUUGCUAUUCCACUCAUGGAUACACUUUUCUUUUCAUCGUCCAUAA